UUGUUAGAACCGGCCGAACGUUAUGGCAGAAAGAGGGGAAUAUAUACAGGUCUCGGUACUGGAUUCAACUGGAUUUUAACAUACUCCCUUAACGCAAUCGGUCUUACCUACGGAACCAGGCUAAUCCUCAGCGACUGGGAGAAACCUACAGACGAACGAAAAUACUUAGUCGGAGUAAUAUUCAGUGUUUUGUUCAGCAUAUUCAUGGCUACUCAGUCCAUAACAUUAUGCGUACCUCAUUUUGAAGUAUUCGCAACCGCUAGAGGAGCAGCAGCCAGUAUUUUUAAACUACUAGACAGGAAACCUCUCAUAGAUGGCAGGGAUAAAAGUGGAUUGUCACCUCGGCGAGUUACAGGAGAUAUUUUGAUGGAAAAUGUGCACUUUAGUUACCCUUCUAGACCGAAUGUUAAGGUGCUACAAGGGUUUUCACUGCAUAUCAAAGCAGGUGAAUGUGUCGCUCUGGUUGGAUCUUCAGGUUGCGGAAAGACCACAAUAUUGCAACUAUUACAAAGACUUUACGAUCCGCAUAUAGGGACAGUUAAACUGGACGGCAAAAACUUAAGGAAUCUCAACCUAGGAUGGCUAAGAUCUAGUUUAGGCGUUGUUGGCCAGGAACCGGUACUGUUCCGUGGAACUAUUUUCGAGAAUAUUGCAAUUGGAUGUCCAGAAGCAACGAGAGAAGAGGUACAGAGAGUUGCAGAAAUAGCUUACGCACACGAUUUCAUAACUCGCUUGCCCAAUGGAUAUGAUACAAUAAUUGGAGAAAGAGGCGCAUCUCUUUCUGGCGGUCAAAAGCAGCGAAUUGCCAUAGCAAGAUCUCUAUUGCGAGAACCAGCAGUCCUUCUUCUAGACGAGGCCACAUCAGCACUUGAUCCUCAUUCAGAACGAGAAGUUCAAAAGGCGUUGGAUAGGGCAAGUGCCGGAAGAACAACAAUCAUGGUUUCUCACAGGUUAUCUACGAUAACAAAUGCGGACCGUAUCGUAUGCAUGGAUCAAGGUAUGAUAGUCGAAGAGGGAACUCAAGAAGAACUCAUAAAAGCCAAAGGUUUUUAUUACAAACUGGUAACAACUGGCAAUGAGAACAAAGAACCUGAUGUUAUUGAAACAUUGCCCGAAGAAGCUGACGAGAAUGCUGAGCUCGGUGAAGUUGUUUUAGUUCCCCGGGUAGACGUUAAGCGAAAAUCAACUAAAAGACUUCACAGACAUCACUCAUUAAACCGAGAAUCUUGUGAUCGGGUAACACCUCGUGGGUCGAUUUCUUCAGUGAUGUCAACAGGGUUACAAAAAUUUGUAUAUAAUGUAGAUAAUGAAUCACAAGAAGAGAAAGAGAACGACGAUGAGGAGGUCAAACCAGUUAGCGAUUGGCAAUUAUUGAAACUAAAUGCUUCAGAGUGGCCCUACUUAGUUGUUGGUUCUAUCGCCGCAUUUUUCCAAGGCGCUUGCUUUCCAGCCUUUGCUGUAUUGUAUGGUUUCACUAGUGGCAUAUUUAUUCUCAGUGACCACAGUGAAAUAAUUUAUUUCGCAGACCUCUAUUCAGGCCUGUUUUUAGUAGUAGCUGCUGUUGCCGGAGUGUCAAUGUUCCUGCAAAGUGCAACCUUUACCCAUGCGGGGUUAAAAAUGACGACAAGGCUACGGCAUCAAUAUUUUUCAGCGAUAUUAAAACAGGAAAUUGGUUUCUUUGAUAACGAGAGUAACACCGUGGGAGCAAUGUGUGCAAGACUCAGUGGAGACGCAGCAGAAGUUCAAGGGGCUACAGGUUUACGCAUUGGCCUCAUCUUGCAGGGAAUCAGCUCUGUGGUUGUUGGAUUUAUAUUAGCAAUUAGCUAUAAUUGGAAAAUGACUCUAGUUGGUGCCGCAUUCUUUCCCAUUAUGGUUGGAAGUAUGUGGCUAGAAGGAAUUAUGUCACAAAAGUCACAGGCGGACGAGCGUGACGCUAUGGAGUCGGCCACUGCUGUAGCUACCGAAGCAGUCGUCAGCAUAAAAACUGUCCAAAGCUUGGGCGUUGAAGAAACAUUCUUAAAGAAAUUCGAAGAAGCCUUAAUGGAUGCUUGCUCUGCUGUGACGAAGAAGACCAGAUGGCGCGGAAUAGUGCUUGGUCUCGGAGUCUACGUUCCAUUCAUGGCCUACUCCAGUUCUCUUGUAUAUGGUGCGACGUUGGUCGCUUACGAGGGAAUCGAGUAUAAAAUUAUUCUACUCGUAAACGAAGCUUUAUUGUAUGGAUCAUAUAUGUUGGGACAAUCUUUGGUGUGUGCACCUAGCUUUAAUUCAGCAAAAGCCUGUGGCGCUAGAAUUCUGUCCGCUAUACAAAGACAACCCAAAGUAAGAACGGAAGAUGGUUUAAAGGACAUAAGAAAUUGGACCGCAACGGGUAGCUUCAAUAUAAAAGAAGUUCAAUUCUGUUAUCCAACACGACCACACCGAAUGGUUCUAAGGGGAGUAGACCUGAAAGUUGAAGCAGGAAAAACAGUCGCUUUAGUUGGCUCUUCUGGGUGCGGGAAAUCUACGAUUUUGCAACUGAUGCAGAGAUUUUACGAUCCGGACACUGGUAACAUCGAGCUGGAUGAUUGCGACAUUCGAACAGCGUUGACCCUCCCUCAACUUCGACGGCAACUUGGUGUCGUGCAGCAAGAGCCAGUGUUAUUCGAUCGCACUUUGGCUGAAAACAUUGCAUACGGAGAUAACAAUCGGAAGGUGUCCAUGCACGAGAUCAUAGCCGCAGCCAAAGCCGCUAACAUUCACAACUUUAUCGUAUCGCUGCCUAAGGGCUACGACACAAAUCUGGGAUCAAGCGGUGCUCAACUGUCUGGUGGUCAGAAGCAACGAGUUUGUAUAGCGAGGGCGCUUAUUCGUUCGCCUCGCUUAUUAUUAUUGGACGAGGCAACUUCAGCCCUUGAUGCUAAUAGCGAGAGAGCUGUUUCGGAGGCGCUAGAAAAAGCUGCUAAAGGUCGCACGUGUGUAACCAUCGCUCAUCGACUUUCUACAAUAAAGGAUGCUGAUCUUAUCUGUGUUAUAGAAAAAGGUAAAAUAAUAGAACGUGGUACACAUGCAGAACUAUUCGACAUGAAAGGUUACUACUGGCGAAUGACCAAAGGGCAAAUAAUGUCAUAA